CUUCGUCUCACUUGUGUGAUCUCCUCUGCCAGCUGGCUUACUCACCGAGCAGCUGCAUCUACGAGAACUGCUGCCAUAGAGCUCAGCGGGAGCAGACAAGCAGCCACCAUGGUAGCGAAGGAUUACCCUAUUCACCUGGCCACUAAGAGGGGCCCCUGCACCGUGGACCCUCAGGCCGCUACAGAAGAAGAGGAGCCCCUUAGCAAACGGGCCAAGCCUCUGUCCAGGGUAGCGUCCUUAGCAAGUCUCAUUGCUCCAGUACGGGCAACACCACUAAAGCGGAUUAGCCAGACACUGCAGCGCUCCAUUAGCUUUCGAAAUGAAAGCCGAACUGAACUUCUGGCACCCAAGCCUUGGUCUCGGAAUGCACCCCCUGCAGUCACAAAAAGGCGGGACAGUAAGCUAUGGAGUGAAACGUUCGAUGUUCGUGUCAACCAGGUGCUGACAUCUAAGGAAAUCAAACGACAAGAAGCAAUUUUUGAACUCGCCCAGGGAGAGCAAGACUUGAUUGAAGAUCUGAAGCUGGCUAAGAAGGCUUAUCGUGACCCCAUGCUCAAGUUGUCGAUUAUGACUGAACAGGAACUCAAUCAGAUUUUCGGCACACUGGAUUCUCUUAUUCCACUUCAUGAAGACCUGCUUAGCCGUCUUCGACAGGCCAGGAAAUCAAAUGGAUCAACGGAACACGUUGGAGACAUCCUGAUACGCUGGUUGCCUUGUUUAAACUCCUAUGACAGCUACUGCAGCAAUCAGGUAGCUGCUAAGGCUCUUUUGGACCACAAGAAACAAGACCAUCGUGUUCAGGAUUUCCUACAGCGUUGCUUGGAGUCCCCAUUCAGUCGGAAAUUAGAUCUUUGGAAUUUCUUAGACAUCCCACGGAGCCGCUUGGUAAAAUAUCCACUGCUCCUGAAAGAGAUUCUCAGACACACUCCUACUGAGAACCCAGACCAGCAGCACCUUGAAGAAGCGAUUAACAUUGUUCAGAGAAUUGUGGCAGAAAUCAAUGUAAAAACUGGGGAGUCUGAGUGUCAGUAUUAUAAGGAGCGGUUAGUAUACCUUGAAGACAGCCAGAGACACCAGCUCAUUGAAGACUCACGAGUUCUCAUCUGUCAUGGGGAGCUGAAAAAUAACAGAGGAGCUAAGCUCCAUGUUUUCCUGUUCCAAGAUGUCUUAGUUGUUACCAGGACCACCACCCUGAAUGAACAGCUCUUUUACCAGCUCUACCGACAGCCACUACCUGUCAGAGAUCUUUGCUGGGAAGACCUUCAAGAUGGUGAAAUACGAGUAGGUGGCUCAAUCAGGGGAGCCUUCAGCAACAACGAGAGGAGUAGAAAUUUCUUUCGGGUGACAUACAGAAGUGGCUUCCAAAACCAGUCAUAUUUGUUCCAAGCCAGUGACUCAUUCAACAAGCAGCAAUGGCUCAACUGCAUCCGACAAGCAAAAGACUCCUCCCUACAAGACUGUGAAAAUACACAGGAGAUGACUGACUGUCCAGGUGAACCACUCAUAUCCUCACUAGGCUGCAGCAGAACAGCCAAGGACACAUCACUUCCCAGCCAAAUGGAACGAUCAGACAGCGAAUCAGACUGUAGCAUGGACACUAGUGAAAUGAGUGCCGACGGUGAACAGAUGGAACAAGCCAAUUGCCGGAAACUGGAGAGCAGUAUUUGAUUGUGUUGUUUUGUGAAAGUGAAAUGAGAAAUGAAGAGCUGAGACAAACCUUUUUAUUUAUUCCUACUGCCCUCAUGUUCAGCACUGUAGCUGCAAUGCACCUUGCUUUGUAUGUGUUUUAGCUAACCACUAGCAUUUUGCUUCUUCAGGAUUGCUGCAGAAUGAAGCCUCUCUCAAGCUUUGCACAUAUUUCUAAAAGUCCCAAGUGUUUGUCCAUGAUCACAGGCCUUUGCCACAGCCUGAAACAGGUGACCAGUAGUGUUCUUGGCAGGUUUUUUUCUUAUGAAGAAAGUACAGAGAAUAUAUUUUAAUCUGAUAGACAAAUAACACGCAAUUUGAGAUUAAAAACUUUUGCCACCAAGAAAAACUCUACGGUUUAAUGUGUAGCAGAAAAAGGUUUCACGGGUUUUUAGAUCCACAACCCUGAAUUUGAGAAAGUGGGUGUAGAUAAUGAUAGUAGGGGAACUAUUAGGUUUAUUUUAGAGCCACAUUAAAUAAGCACUUUCAAGCUUCUUUUGGUGGUAUUUUCAUCAGGAUAUUUAUUCACUUGUAUCCCUUGCUUCUAGCUCAGACUGAAAUAAGAGUGAGUAAAAAUGGAGACAUGAAUGUUUUUUUGGUUUUUAUUAAAAAAAAUUUAGAUUUUCCAGAUAAAAGUGUAGUUGGUUAAAACAGGACCUAUUCUGCCAGGACCAACUGUAUAAGAAACAUUUGUUUACCCAAAUUAUAAUUUCCUGCAGGAUUUGGGAGAGUGGUUUUAGAUGUGUACAUUCAGGGAUUUCAAAGAUAUAGGUUUUGGGAGUAAAUUAUUAAGCUAUUACUCAAAGUACAUUGGAAUAUGUGGCUAAUUGUGUUCAACUAAUACUCCAAAAGGUGCUGUAUUUUUCAUUUGGGAUUUUAUUAUCACACAAGCUUAUCCCCUGAAGAGUCCACUUGUCUAUUUUAAUGUCACUCGCCUUUAACUAAUCACAAAGAUCUGCUUAUUAGAGACAAAGUGUUACUUUUGAUUACUGUAAUGUUUUUAUACUGUAUUGUACAUAUACUUUCUGGCAGCCAGUAGGAUUACUUCACUUUAACAGGUGUUGUAUGUGUUAUCUACCAAACUUCUCAAGAGGGAAAAAAGUAAGAAAAACCUCAUGAACAGACAAAAAUUAAGCAGUAAGCUAGGAUACAUAAGCAAGAGGUAGUGAUUCAAACCAGCAGAACCCUUAACAGACCAUCCAGCAUGCCUCCAAUAUGGCCCCUACCAGGUCUCAGGUUCCUUCUUGGUUUGUUACAUUUUCUCUUUCUGAUUCCCAGCACGUUUCUCUGCUUUUCUUUUAGAAAUGUGAUUAUCUUUUGGAAUGUGUAUGGCAUGAACAUGAGGCUGAAAGACAGUGGAUGACAAUGGAGAAAUGUAAAGAAUUUUAAACAGAAUGGAGCUGCAAGAAAAUAAGAUUUAAAAAAAAUGUAGUUAGGAACUGCUGUAUACUGGAAAAAAAAGUUGUUUCAGAAGGAGGAACACAAAAUAAAAUGAACUGAUUUUGUA